AUGCUGUGUUCCCUGCUCCUCGUUUUCGUGGGUGCAGUCCUCCCCUUGGGGAGUGAGGCACGCCCGGAGUUCACAUGGAGGAAUGAACAGGAACCUGUCGAUACGUGUGGCUACAAUUCCUGUCCUCAGACACGAGACGACAUGUUGAACGUCCAUUUGAUACCUCACACACAUGACGACGUUGGCUGGCUAAAGACGGUUGAUCAGUACUAUUACGGAGACCAAAAUUCUAUUCAGACUGCUGGGGUACAAUAUAUCUUAGACUCCGUUAUUCCGGAGUUGUUACGGGAUCCAUCCAAGAGGUUCAUCUAUGUGGAAGUUGCCUUUUUCGCCAGGUGGUGGCGGGAACAAAACAACGUUACGCGCGAAAGCGUUCAAAACCUCGUCAAUCAAGGUCGACUAGAAUUCAUCCUAGGCGGUUGGUGUAUGAACGAUGAAGCCUCCACUCAUUACAACGCCAUUAUAGAUCAACACACACUCGGAUUUGAGUUCCUCAAACAUAAUUUCGGAGACUGUGGACGACCCCGCGUUGCUUGGCAAAUAGAUCCCUUCGGUCACUCACGGGAGCAAGCGUCGUUAUUUGCUCAGAUGGGCUAUGAUGGACUGUUUAUUGGCCGUCUUGACCAUGCUGACAAAGACGUCAGGUUGAACCAAACGAACAUGGAAUUCGUAUGGCGAGGUAGCCCAAAUAACCUAGGUAAAACGGCCCAGCUGUUUACUGGUGUGUUGUAUAAUGGUUACGGUCCUCCUUCGGGAUUCUGUUGGGAUAUUAACUGUAAGGAUGAUCCAAUAAUGGAUGACGAUCAUCUUAAUGACAACAACGUGAAGCAGAAGGUUGCAGAUUUUAUCAAGGCUGCACAUGAUCAGAUGAAACACUAUCACACCAAUAGCAUCAUGAUGACAAUGGGGUCGGAUUUCCAGUACCAAAAUGCCCACACGUGGUUUAAAAACAUGGAUAAGCUAAUCAAAUACGUCAAUGCUCAGCAAAGUAACGGAAGUGACGUCAACGUUAUGUAUUCUACACCGUCCUGUUACUUGGCGCAGAGGAACCGUCUGAAUCAACUAUGGAACUCCAAGUCGGACGAUUUUUUUCCUUACAGUGACCACCCUCACAGUUACUGGACCGGCUACUUCACCAGUCGACCAGCUCUUAAGGACUAUGUCAGGCGGACAAACAACUUUUUACAGGUGUGUAAGCAGGUGUCAGCACUUGGGUUCUACAGAGGCGAGCAAGUUAAUACAUUACGGGAGGCUAUGGCUGUGCUUCAGCAUCACGAUGCGAUUUCUGGAACAGAAAAACAACAUGUAGCAAAUGAUUACGCUCAGAGACUGGCUAAUGGGAUCAACGAAUGUCAGAUGAUAAUGAACGUCGCUUUAAGUGAAAUGCUCACUGUUGGUUCCUCUCUCGGACCUCCACAACAAAGCUUCUGUCCCCUUCUCAACAUCAGCCAGUGCUGGAUGACUGAGAAUCAUAACCCGGUUGUAGUCCUAGCGUAUAAUCCCCUCGGUCGAGAGGUUCAAGCAUACUUCAGGAUACCAGUUAUAGGUACCAACUUCUACGUCACGGACAAAGAUGGCACUCGUCUAGAUGUACAGUUUAUCCCAGUGUCUAAUGCUACACAUAAGAUCCCUGAACGAAAAGGAACUAUGGCUGACCACGACCUAGUGUUCAGAGGACCUCUUCCGGCCGUCGGAUUCUAUUUGUUUUUCGUUCUAGAAACAUUUGAUCAAAAAGAAGACGCCCCAGUUAAAGAGAAUAUUGUUAAUGAGGCAGAACCCAAGGCUGACAUAAUAUUGAAAAACGAGCAUUUAAGCCUGACAUUUGAUGGAACGACAGGUAAACUGACAAAGAUGCAGCAGCUGGAAGACUCAUUAUCGAUAGGGUUAAAUCAGGACUAUCUGUACUACCUCGGAUACAGCGGUAAUAACAGUAAAGAUGACUUCCAGAACUCGGGGGCAUACAUCUUCCGACCUAACGGCUCAAUUGCCACCAACUUUUCCCAGGCCACCCUUAAGACCAAGGAAUAUGUAACGUUUGGCGAGGCUAUGGUAAGAGAGGUCCACCAACAGUUCAGCCCCUGGGUUUCACAAGUUGUACGAUUAUACGAACACAAGAAGUAUGCGGAAUUUGAGUGGACCAUUGGCCCUAUUCCUAUAGAUGACGGCUAUGGUAAAGAAGUGAUAUCCCGAUUCUCCACCAAUCUGAAUUCUUUUGAUACCUUCUAUACAGACGCAAACGGCAGGGAAAUACUCCAGAGAAGGUACAAUCACCGCGAUACCUGGACUUUGAACCAGACAGAAGAUGUUGCAGGGAAUUACUACCCGGUUAACACUCGAAUCUUCCUUCGGGACGAAGCCAGAAAUAUACAGUUUACCGUCCUAACGGAUCGCUCGCAAGGUGGCGCUAGUCUCCGGCCAGGCAGCCUCGAACUGAUGGUUCAUCGUCGCCUCUUGGCUGACGAUCACAGAGGAGUAGGCGAACCAUUGAACGAGACUGGUUCAGACGGCCGUGGACUAAUCAUACGAGGAAAGCAUUACGUGUUCUUGGAAACCAUUCCUAAGUCAGCCCGUUGUCACAGAGACUUGGCUCUACAACUGUACAUGGCUCCAUCUCUCUCUUUUAUGGAUGGCAAUGGGGGACAGGAGGUGUGGAUACAGAACUGGGGAGUCAAAUGGACGGCAAUAAAAACACCCUUGCCUGAGAAUGUGCAUUUGCUGACCAUGGAGUCAUGGCCUACUCCAGGAACGGAUCCUUUGAGAGACAAUAACUUCCUGAUGAGAUUAGAACAUCUGUAUGAGGUGGAUGAGGACCCAGAACUUUCUCAGCCUGUUACACUGGACCUGAACCAGAUAUUUCAGUUCGGCCUUAAGAUCGAGAAUGAGGUGACAUUAGGAGCAAACUUGCCGUUGUCACAGCUAAGGAGGAUGGGCUGGGAUAUCAUUGUCGACAAACAGGUUCCAGAUACUGAUAAAUCACCGGAUACGACACUUCGAGUAGACAAUACAACCAUUACUUUGAAUCCCAUGCAGAUACGGACAUUCGUGGUGACUAGUUUGGAGGACUGA